CCCACCGGUCCUCCCCGGCUAAGCACCCUGUCCAUCGUCACGCCACAGGGACAGAAAGUCGAGUCGCCAUCGACCUCCAUCUUGCUCGCGCGAGCACAUAGCACUGUAGCUUGUAGUUGUUCCUUCACCACCAGCACAAUGUCGCCAAAGGGAAAGGAGAAGGAAAAGCCGAUCGCGUCGCUCCUCGCCGGCGCGACCGCCGGCGGCGUGGAAGCCUUCAUCACGUACCCGCUUGAGAGUCUCAAGACGCAGCUCCAGUUCGGCUCCCCAAGCGGCAAGAAACUCACACCAUACGGUAUCCUGACCGACACGCUGCGCGAGCGCGGCGUGCGCGGCCUGUAUGCCGGCGUGACGGCCGUCGUGAUCGGCAACGCGCUCAAGGCCGGCGUGCGCUUCACGACGUACGACCAGUUCAAGAGCAUUCUCAAGGACGACCAGGGAAACUUGACCGCGCCCCGCUCCAUGCUCGCCGGCCUCGGCGCAGGCAUGAUGGAGGCCGUGAUCGCCGUGACGCCGUCCGAGACGAUCAAGACCAAGAUGAUCGAGGACUCGAAGCGCGCCCAGCCCCAGUUCAACGGGCUCGUCGACGGCGUGCGCAAGAUUGUCGCGCAGGAGGGUUGGCGGGGGGUGUACCGCGGCGUCGGGCCAGUUAUGCUCCGCCAAGGCGCCAACUCGGCCGUCCGCUUCUCGUCCUACUCGACGCUCAAGCAGCUCGCACAGGGUAACCUACCCCCUGGGCAGCAGCUGCCCGGCUGGGCAACGUUCGGUAUCGGCUCGACGGCGGGCGUGAUUACCGUGUACACGACGAUGCCGUUCGACGUUAUCAAGACCCGCAUGCAGUCGCUCGAGGCCAAGAAGGAGUACCGCAACGCCCUGCACUGCGCGUACCGUAUCGCGACAGAGGAGGGCAUCCUCAAGUUCUGGAAGGGGACCGUGCCGCGUCUCGGCCGUCUGGUGAUGAGCGGCGGCAUCGUCUUCUCUGUAUACGAAAAGGUGUACCCCCUUGCCGCGAGCGUCGUGCCAUAGGAGGUAUCACCAUGCCUAGAAUCUAGUAGACAUAAAAAUGCAGCACUCGCGCAAAG